AUGUGUCAACCCGGUACCAGCGCCUCCUCCGAGCCAAACUGCACCCCUCUAAAGUCAUCGUCACAGUCUCAAAUCCUCCUCCGACCAUCUGCAACAAGACUGGUCUUUGCCUACUUCUUCCUUUUCUCGUUGUGUCUACAGUCCGUCAGUGGCUCCGUCCUUUGUCGGCAGGGUCAGGGAUGUGAGACGGUAUCGGAGGAAGACCUGAAACUGGUCAUCCCGCUCUCCACUUUCAAAACAAAACGAAACUUUGGAGUUUUGUGUAAGUUUCAGCAUAUUGCACUUUGAGUUAAGCGUAAAAACACCUGCGGAGGGUUACUGUAGAUGCGGAAACAUUUUUGAGCAGCUGAUUUUCUUAUGGAACGCUAAAUUUUGAUUUACGUAAUGCCUUAAGGGAAAUAAUAUUUGAUUAGAAUUCGGGGGUUCAAGCAAGUUUGUGUGGGCAUAAGUAAAAGUAGAUUUUGAUCCGUGCCAAAAAUAAAUGUCUAGACUUGAGGAACUUUCUUACCUUACCAACUCAAUUGGGUUCAAAAUAUCUACACCACUUGAUGAAAGAUUAAAAUUCCUUAAUUAUACUUGCAUAUCUUACCAGUUUCUUUUUCAGCCACUCAAAACCGCCGGUCCCUCCACCCUUGCCGAUGGAAGCUCUGCGGCGCCUUCGGCUCUUAUCAGCCCUUCGCCAACGCCAUGAGGAAGUUCCGUCGUUAA